AUGAAUGAAUUAUAAAUUUUUGAAAAUUAUCGAUGCCUAUAUCAUCAAGUUUAAUUUUUGAAUAGUUUAAUAAAACAAAAUGAUCAAGAAUAGAAACUAAAUAUUCAUAAUCACAUUUUGAAUAGAGUAAAAUAAAUUUUGAAUUUGAAAGAUUAAAAUUAUAUGAGGAUGCAAGAAAUUUUGACUUUAAAUGUAAUUAAUUGCUUAGAAGACAUAUUAAAGUUAGAGUCAUCAGAAAUAAGAUUAUUAUAUUCGAAUAUCAAAAUUUUAGUAGAAUAUUUAAUUUAUUUAAACGAAUUCAUUAGUUAAUAAGCAUAAUAAGUAUUACUUGGAGACGUAGUGAUUGACAUUCAAUUGAUGAAUAAAUAAAUAGAAGAAUGCAUAAAAAAGUGCAAUCUUAUAAAUACAAAACAUAAGCAUUUCUUUGAAGAGUAUAAUGAAUUGUAAGAAAUUAUAAGCAAAACAACAAACAACAUUAAUGAAUCAUCAUAAUUAUUAAUAGCAAUAAUUGAGGAAAUCAAAGAAUAACACUUAAUAAACGAAGUAUAGAGGAAAUGCUAAUCAAAGAAUGAGGAUACAAUCAAAAAUCUCGAGUUGUAAUUGUUAGAAUGA